GGGGGAAGCAGCUGCCAAGCUACAGCGGAGAACUGAGCCGAAAUCCCUCGCUGCGAACCCGCGGAGCACAGCGCGCCCUGCGGUUUUGUGACCUUCCAGGUCUGCGGCCCUAGAUGGAGACCAUGCAGGAGCUGAUUCCCUUUGCCAAAGAAAUGUUCACCCAGAAGCCCAGCAGAAAGAUGGUCAAGAUCUAUAUGCUGGGCAGCGUGCUGGCUUUCUUCGGGGUGGUUAUUAGCCUGGUGGAGACCGUCUGCAGCCCUUUCACCUCUGAAGAGCAGCUGGAGGAGGAGGAGGAGAAGGAGAAGAGACCUCCCCUGACCAAAGAGCACACUGUCCCCCAGAAACAGCGGGAUUUGAUCGUGGAGAAGAGCAAAGAGCAGGAUGUAAUGCAGAGGAACUUGGUGAUCAGGCAGCGUGCAUCCUAAGAGAGACUGCCCAGUCAGUGAUAGGCGUGCCCAAGAGACUGCUGGCCUGUUUGAUCUCCAGGUGCGGACUCCAGGGAGAAGGGAAUCGACACUGACUGCAGACGCAAGGGUCUCUAGAGAAGUGACUAUUAUUUGCUGCUAUGCAGCAGUUCAAAAACGCCACCCGUUGAAUAUGUACCCUUUUGUUGGUAUAAAAAGGUGUAAGGUGCCCGGCAUUUUGCACCAACAUGUUUUUUUUUAUUAUGAAUAAACUUUACAAAUAUAUUUUGCAUUGUAAAUAAAUAUUUUAUACAUUA